AGAAAUCCCAGCAAUGAGCUCUUCUGGUCGCGCGUCCGUGUUCCACGAGGCAUGAAAGGACGACGGUUUACCCUUCUCGCGGGCCUGGCGUCCCUGAUUGUUCUGCUCUUCAUCUUCUAUGCGCCAAAUUCGGACGAGAGGCCUAUCAUACCAGCUCCAAACCCCGGCAUUUCUCCAGCAACAGCACCGCAACAGCCGCCGCCGGUCGAGUCCUUUGGCGACGAGAAUAUUAAUUACAAUAACCCCGCCGGCUCCACGGGCGAUGAUCUGGCCCAGCAUCCGAUCGAGAGGCUGAUCCAGACCUCCAGAGAGCAGUUCAGGACCACCCAUUCACGACAGUCAAAGACCCUGCAGCAGGCUGCUACCGAGUACCGGCGUCGAUAUGGCCUUCAUCCGCCGCCGCACUUUGACGUCUGGCUCAAAUUCGCCCAGAGCAGAGGCGUUCAGAUGAUUGAUGAAUAUGAUACGAUAUACCACACCCUACUUCCCUUUUGGGGAGUCAAGCCAAAGACCAUCCGGGAACGAGCAAGGGAAGCUAUAGGCUUUGAGAAUGCUCUCAUCGGACUGAUGAUAAGAGAUGGGAAUGUUACGCUGGUUGACGGCGGUGGAGAAGGCGAGCAGUGGAAGAGGGAUGCGAUCAAGGGGAUGAUGGCGACUUUCGUCAAGUAUCUACCUGACAUGGACCUGGCCUUCAACAUACACGACGAACCGAGGGUCGUCAUGGCACAUUCUGACCUAUCACGACUAGUCGCUGACGGGAAGCGAAUGACGGCUUCGAACGGACAGCAGCAGGGGCUCCAGAAUCGGUGGUCUGCACGGCCGGAGGGGUUGAAUAAGGGUGAUAGAAUCGACGAAGUCAGACGCACGAGAUUCAACAGGUUUGCUCAUCAGCCGACGUGGACGAAUUCACGGAUGUCCUGCCCUCCAGACAGCCCUGCUAGACAGCUGGAAGAUGAGCCCGUGGAUAACAUGUCACAGUACUCGACAUCUCCCCUCGGGUUCAUCUCCAAUACCACUGCCUUCUCAGACAUUUGCCUGACCCCUUCUCUACGGCAGACUUUUGGCUUCUUCGAACGACCAAAUGCCCUUGAUAUAGUUCAUGACCUCUUUCCUAUCUUUUCACAAAGCAAAGUUUCCUCGUUUCAGGACAUCCUCUACCCAAGCCCCUGGUACUGGAACGGGAACGUCGCCUAUGACGCAAAUCAAGAUAUGGACUGGUCUGUCAAGGAAGACCAGAUGUACUGGCGUGGCUCGACCACAGGCGGCUUCUCACGAGCAGGUGGAUGGCGCAGACAGCACCGUCAGCUAUUUGUACGCAACAUCAACAGCCUGAGCCCCACGAAUAUCCUCGAGAAGAGCCUGGAGACUGGUCGCUGGGCCGUGAAGCAGAUUCAACGGAACGCCCUGAGGUCUCUAUUCAAUGUGAGCUUUAGCCACGUUGGCCAAUGUGAUCCAGAGGACUGCGAGGCGCAGAAGGAAUACUUCACCAUCGUCAAGCCAGCGAAACAGCAAGAUGCAUGGAAGUUCAAGUACCUUGUCGAUAUUGACGGAAAUGCCUUCAGUGGGCGGUACUACGCCUUCCUUCUAAGCAAGAGCUUAGUAUACAAGCUUGCUCUCUUCCGAGAAUGGCAUGACGAGUGGCUUCGGCCAUGGGUUCAUUUCAUCCCCCUCAGCUUCAGGGGAACCGAACACUACGAAUCUGUACGCUACUUUGCAAAGGAAGAGCCAGGCAAAGACGAAGCAUUAGCUAUUGCACAGGACAGUCAGAAAUGGGCACGAAAAGUUUUACGCAAUGAGGAUCUUGAGGUGUGGUUUUUCAGGCUUUUAUUAGAGUACGGCAGAGUCAUCGAUGAUAAUCGUGAACGAUUGGGCUUUUCAACAGGGUAGAGAAAAAGAAAAAUAUAAUAUACGCUAUGGGAUGGAUUUGUUAUCUUAUUAUUUAUAAUGGUCGUUUUUGUCUCGUUGUCUGGUUUCCCUUCCCCGUUUUCUUUCCGUGACCACUAGAAGGCAACUUUAUAUAUGUAUUUCCCCUUUUCGUUCUUGCUUACUUUCCUUUUCUACAUUAUUUAUUUUAUCUUCUCCUUUGGACCAAACAACAGCCUUGUAUCAUUAGCUUUUGGUGACUAUAUACCCGGUUUACUAUUUGACUAGGCUUGAUGACGUUUUGCUUGCUUCUCUGCUGCCAGCCGUUCCAGCCUACACGUAUGCGAUGAAGCCAUCCGCGUAACCAACCACAUUCUACAUUACAUAGAUGAAUAGCUUUCAUCAUGCAUUCCAAGUAGGUCUGUCUACUUCUCAACUUCGUUGGCAUUUCAACGUCCGUACCCCGUCCAUACCAGGUACCUACAACUUCCUUUGGUGGAAAAUGAAAACUCCGAAACUCAACUUCUAUGACAUCAUCUCUCGCUCUCUGGCCCUCUCAAACUGCUCGUCUGCUCUCCAUCUUCUUCUCUCCCAUCCUUGUCCUGCCUGCAGCAACAACGUAAUCCAGCCUCGCUGAUCUCUAUCAAAGAGCCCUGCUACAGGGAUGAAUAUCACAGUCACGACAACCUGCUCGCUGCCGUGCUAUUGGUCUACUAGCCUACCCCUUGCCACAUCUCCGCAGGCCUUAACAAAAGCUGCUUAGAAACAAAUGGACCUGAUAAGGCCAUGCGGAACUUCCCCAUAACCGAAGCUCCUGACAU